AAGGUUGCAAAGGCGUUUAAGGCUCAUUCCUUAGGACUUUUUAGCAAAAAGACAUUAGCUUUCCAAAACUUAGGCAAAAAUGGCUUCUUUUCACGAUGUAAGAGAGCUUUGGGGUAACCAAGCGAGGAAAGAAGAAGAAAGUGUUAUAUUAGUGGAACCAAUUGCCAUGAUAGUGCCACCAGAGUUGCAGGAUUUGCCCGGAACCAUCACACCAAAGAGCAGCGCUGGUUCGAGCGCAGGUGGUGAUUCUGGCAAACAACGUUCUUCAACCUCUAGGAAUUCGUCUAUAGAAGGGACACCCAGUGAGGCGGGGAAUGAGGUAGAAGGUGUUAGAAGCCCUUCUUCAGCACUUGUGGCGACGCUUCACCAUGAGAUCGCAGACGGCGCAGCUACUAUUAAGGGGUAUAAAAGAUUGAGGGAAAUGGUGAGAGAUUACCAAAUUCCCAAAACAAUCUUGAUACGAACUGGCACAAAGAAUAAGAAAGCGUGCUCAGUAUCUGCGACGAGGUGGGUGAUAGUAUACGUAGAUCAUUUUGACACCGGUCUACAUUUUCCUCUGCCUGGGCUGAUUUUUGAUGUUUUGGCAAAGUAUGAGUUGGCCCUAAUGCAGCUGACUCCCAACAGCAUAAAGUUCAUUAUAGGGUUUAUGUUUUUGUGCGAGAGGUUAGAGAUACCUGCAAAAGUGGUGGUCUUCAGGUUGCUCUUCUUAUGCCGUUAUGCCCCUUCACCAGCGGAACAAGGUGGAGAAAUGAGCAACAUAUUAGAGAGGCAGCACCAGAGGACGAGCUUGGGGUCUAAGCCUGUUUCAGCCGCUGCUGCGACACGGCUUUCCAACGUACCACCUGCACCGACACGUGAUGUUGCUAACCCCCAGCCCUCCUCAGCAUUUGUAUCGGGGCCCAGAAUUGCAUACCCUAAGGGCUUUAGCUAUGUUCGGACUGAUUGCCAGGCCACCAUGAACUCGGAGAUGGCAAACCAAGCAGCGUCAAUGGAGAGCCGAGCUAACGAGUUGGCCUGUAAGGUCAACGAACUAAGAGAUGAGCUAAAGAAAGCUCAAGCCAAGAGGGAGAGAGGCAUUCAAGUUGCCAAGGAGGAGGCCAAUCAUGCUGAAGACCGAGCCAAAAGAGCUAAAUCUGACAGGGACAAGGCUCUUUACGAGCUAAACUCCCUAAAAGAUAGGGUUGCAGAAGCCAACCAGAAUGUCGCUCCGGCUGAGGCGUCCUUGGAGCAAGCCAAGAAGUGCCACCAGCACGUUAUCUGCUUUGCUCGGGCACAAGGAGCUGAGUGGCUAGUUGGAGCAGAUAUGUUCCAAGACGCCGUGGCAGUUGCCUCAACAAACACAACCACGGACAUCUACAAUGAGAUUCGUGGGAAGGAACUGAACGAAGAGGGAGUGCUAGUGUGGCCUCCAUCAAUUGUAGAAGAGGGGGAGGAUAUUGAGGGCUUGCUAAGCUUUGAUGCUUGGGUGGCAGAGCCCCUUGAAGUGCAAGCCGAACCAUCGAGCACUCCCCCGACCUCUCAGCCCACCAUCGCUCCAGCUCUCCCCUCACCAGCUCUGUCAUGUCCUGCUCGACCUACUACUACGCCUACUGACGCGUCCAUCCCCGUCAACCUGACAGAUGAUUAGUUUAGGAUUUUUUUCUCUUCUUUUGUACUUUUGUAUUGGUCAUUUGACCCAUUUACCCUUUAAAUUGUUAUCUCUUGUACUUCAAAUGUAAAUUUUGAAUAUUAAUACAAAUUUGGAGAUUUUUUGGACUUUCUGUGUUUAUUGAGCUGUGUACAUUCUUCACAUUUCUGAAUACACUUUGUUGAUAAGA